AUGGCCGGGCCUGGACGAAACGCAAGUGAAUCAGGGACUCACAAGAAGAAACGACGGCGCAAGCACAAGACGCUGCGCAAGUCUCGGUCAGGGAUUGCGACCCUUCAUGGUGUGUCUGCCGGGCAGACACAAGUGCCAACAGUGGCCGUCGAGACGUGGAACGUCUUGACGCGGGCCGGUACUGGGUAUAAGUACGAGAAGAUGGAGUUGGAGAACCCUCCGACUGAUUUGUCGGAGUUGACUUCGCUUCCCGUCAUGAGCUGGAAUCGCUUCGCAAAGGACCUGUACCAUGGACGCAUCGAACAGCUGUGCAUUCUUUCGGACCGCGAAAGAAUGACAAGCGAAGCAGAAGAGUUGAGGCAACUCUUCGCUGGAAGCGCCACUGAGAGUAUUCUGCGAGAGCACAGGGACGUGCUCCCGGACGAGAUCCUUGCGGGGCUUCCGCGAUACAAGGGAAUACAGCACGAGAUUGACCUGGUGCCGGGAUCGAAGUAUUGCGUGACGCGGCAGUGGCCACUGCCGCGGGAGCAAGUGAAGGCAAUCGACGACUUCUUCGAAAGUCGUUGCAAUGCAGGACAAGUGCGGGAGUCAAAGUCCCCGCACAGCGCACCAACGUUCUGUGUCAAGAAGCCACAGGGUGGUUGGCGCAUUGUUCAUGCGUACAACAAGCUGAACAAUGCGACGAUACCGGCGCAGACGCCGAUACCUCGAAAAGAUGUCAUCAUCGAUUCGAUGUCCAAGAGCACCAUCUACAGUGCUCUUGAUCUGAGAGACGGGUUCUAUCAGAUCCUGAUGCGUGAGAGCGAUAUUCCUCUCACGGCGGUAAGCACCCCAAGCGGUAUGCUUUGGGAGUGGCUCGUAAUGCCACAAGGACUGAAGAACGCCCCUGCGACCUUCAAUAGAUGCGUCACUCAUCUAUUGCGCUCGGUGCGCGACUUCGCACCGAUCUACUUCGACGAUAUCACAAGCUCUAUCCUGAAGAAGUGCAUCUUCGGUGCGAGCGAGAUACCCGUGCUAGGGUGUCUCGUUGGGAAGAAUGGCGUACGCCCUGACCCCGAGAAGGUCAGAGUGAUCAAUGAAUGGUCUACGCCGUCCAACGUGAAGGAACUGCGGCAGUUUCUUGGCCUUGCCACGUACUUGUGCAAGUACGUGGACAACUACGCAGGCAAGAUUCGCCCGCUGUCGCAGCUUCUGAAGAAGGAAGCUGCGUGGAACUGGACUGCUGAGUGUCAGCAUGCGUUCGAUGCAGUCAAGCUGGGCUUGACUGAAGUGCCGAUCUUGGCUGUGGCUGACCAAGACCGUCCCUUUUACGUAGUGUGUGACGCAUCCGAUUUCGCGAUCGGAUGUGCGUUAAUGCAGCUCAAUCACGAGGGCCGUGAUCGAGACGUCUACUACCAGUCGCGUCAGCUAAAGCCAGCUGAGCGAAACUACUCGGUACAUGACAAGGAACUCCUUGCCAUGAAGUAUGCACUUGCGAAGUUCCGAGUGUACUUACUCGGCAACACGCCGUUCGUGGUCUAUACAGACCACGCGUCGUUGCGGACGGCUGUGAAGUCUCCGCACAUCUCGCAACGAAUGGCGAGAUGUUUGUCCUUCUUCGCGGAAUACAACUUCCGGGUCGAGUACAAAUCCGGAAGGUUGAACGUCGUCGCGGACGCGUUGUCGCGACGACCGGAUUAUGCUGUCAGGACAAUCGACGUCCACCGGAUUGACGUCGCUCGGACAUAUACACCGUCGUCGUCUUCGUUGGACGAGGUGAAGGCCGCGUGUACGCAUGACGCAGACGCGAAGCAGCUGAUCGAGUUCCUCUCAGCUCCUUCCGACAAAGCACGUCGGAAGAUGGCCCCUCGUCUACGAGCGAGUGCACACCGGUAUCGUGUGCACGACGGUCUACUGAUUUACAGCGCUGUAGACGACAAUGCGGAACGCAUUGUCGUGCCGAAUGAUCCUGACCUACGCAGCAGGAUCAUGUACGAGUAUCACGAUGUCCCCACGGCAGGAUAUCCGGGAUCGAGUGAAGCCUGCACCUCACUCGAAGACUUGCCGACUCCGUCGGAGUGUUGGGAGUCCGUUUCGAUGGACUUCGUGUUUGGUCUUCCGCGCGAUUCCAGGCGGAAGACUGGUAUUGUGGUCUUUGUGGACCGCUUCAGCAAGAUGGUGCAUCUCGCUGCUGUCGCAGCGGAGGUGACCUCCGUACAGACGGCACGUUUGUUCGUCGACAUGGUGUUCAAGCACCAUGGCAUGCCCAAUGACUUAAUGUCGGACCGCGAUCCGCGCUUCACGGCGCGUUUCUGGCAAGAAGUGUUCACACUUCUUGGAACGCAGUUCUCAAUGUCGACUGCGGAUCCUCCGCAGACGGAGGGGGCACAGACACCGAGAAGACUCACGCACAGGCUGGGCCUGUAG